AUGGCAAAGCCCGACGUUCUAGGUAUCGAAGCCUUCAAGGAUGGCACGCGAAUCCGGGACUGGUGGGAUUGGACUCUCAUUGCCAUCAUUGCUGCCAGCGGAUUUGUCGGCCUUGUCGCUCUCGUUUGGUCGACUUAUCGUUCUCUUCGAAAAGUGCUCAAGGAGGAUGAAGACGAAACUGCCUUGCCACGGUCUGUACAAGAGCGCAUUCAUCUCCUGUCAAACAGCUCAAGCGUCGUUCGUGUUACGCACGCGCUCCCCGCCAAACCUUCAUCUUUUGGCGUCUACCUUGGCGCAUUGCAAACCCCAGUCACUCCAGAGGAGGCCCAGGUUCUAUCGCAAUGGGAAGCGCUCGUCUUGGAUUACCGGCAGACUGGUAUCCUGGAGGCCGUCAGCAAUGAUGCUGUUCCCAUGGGCCCUUACAUUAUCGCGCGACUCGAUCUAUCCCAUGUUAUCACUUCGGCCGUAAAGGGCACUGAGUUGGACCUGUCACAAGCAAUAUAUCUCUUGUCUUGCACAAUCGAACAGAACUUGCGACGGCCAGACCAGAAGCGAUACUUCACUGGUGUUCUCAUUGCCGAAUGGCGCAACCGCGUUCCCAUCGCUUUGCUGCAUGGCCUCACAAAACUUCUUUCAGCCCAUGGCUUGGAUAGUUAUCUGGAGAUCGGUGCUCCCGACUUCUUGGAUGGUGUAAAGAAACUCGACCUCUCGCUCUUUGCCGGCGUAGUGGUUCGCAAUGGUACGAUCAAGUCGAAUGGCGAGCGUCGCGAUUUCUUCGACAUGGACAAGAUGAAGACGACAACCAGGUCAUUUGUUUCCCAAGCUUGCCAACGUUCAUUUGUCACAAUGAUGUGGGAUACAGUGGAUGAUAAUGCCGAACUGUCGCAUGCUGUUCUUAGGAGAGCGCACAUGUGGUGCAGUUAUCACGGCGCAGUGCCCUACUUCCCACGGCAGUGCGCCCUAACCAACAUCUACGAUGUCAGCUCCUGCGAGGAGCCCUUGGCCGCUUUCCAAUGGUUGAAGACUCGAAAGGUCAUGGAUGUUCAUGACAAGUACCGAACUGCUCGUACGAUUUCGCCUGGAUUUUCCAGUCUUUUUGACGACUACGUGCCGCUACAAGAAAUUUUCCCUCUCUUGGCUGACACGCUCGCCGGCCUUGAUGGAGACAUGCCUAACGACGACGACUCAUCCAGUACCCUUACACUUACUGUGGAGUAUCCCGAGGUUGAUGAGAAUGGAGUGUUGGUUCCCCAAGAACCCUCAUCACCCACGAGUUUGGGGCUCGACUGGACCAUGGCAGUGGAAAAGCACACCGACAACCCACUUUCAUGUUCUUUCGACGGAUCACCAUAUUCAUCUCUAGGGUGCUUUCCAAUUGGUAUUGAUGCUUCCAAAGCAGAUUUCGAUCGCGUCCUCAAGUCACAGCGGCAUCUGCGGGAUCUCAAGUUGCUUAGCCGUCUCCCUGUGGAACAGUUCAGUGCCACUGCUGAGACACUCAGCCGCUACGCUUCUAGCAGCAGUCACUUUCUGAACCUUGUCCCUACUAUGAGAGAGGCUAUAUUAGCUCUUGUAGAAGCAUUGGACCAUGCUGUUGAGGAUGGUGCCGACCCUUACCGAUUCCAAGCAUAUUCUGCACUUGAUUCAGGAUUUCAUACUCCCAACGGCGCCUCAUUUUGGGGAGUGUGGGAACUAGACCCUCGGACUAAAGCUAUCAUCAUAUAUGUGUCCAAAUCUGUACAGGAUGUCAAAGGAGUUCUGCUUCACACAUACCUGAGUAUGAUGGGCUUUUCUAGGUACCAGUGUUUCCUUGCGGAAUACGGUCUUAGCGAAUUUGCUGCCGGAUCAUUUUCACCAGAACGACUACCGGAUCGGCUAGUUCAAGAUCUGGAUCUUCUUUCGUCCUCAGAGCUUCUAAAUUACCUGCAGCAUAUUCGUUAUUCAGAAUGGGAAGAGGAAUGCUCGCUGCUCCCUGCGAUUCGCGAACGCUGUAAGGAGUUGUUGAUUGAUGUACCUACGUAUCAUCAGUUUAAGCAACUGAGCAACGUAGACUACAUUGGCGAAAAAGUCACCGACGAGGAGCUAGUGAACGCGAAACUCAAAUGGUAUCGACUCUCGCGCGUGCCGACUCUUGAUGAGGCGCAAGCUUUACAACUCUUCAGACACAUCAAUGAGGUGUUUACCAGCAUACUAUGGUGGAGGGAUCACCAGAAGCUUGAUACCAUCACUUCAGCCAUCACAGACAUCACCAGCCGGGGAACACUCGACUCGGCGGCUGACUUUGUCCUUUUCUGUAUCUUCUGUGCAGCCAGGAAAGCCGGAUUCGAAGAAGUCUACAUUGAGGUCUCAGACAGGAACCCACUCUUCAACCAGUAUUCCGAUCAGAGUGCGGCAUUCGCAGAACUGUUUGCGCUAGGAUCUCGAUGUGAAGCUUAUUUCGAUAUCAAGCCUAGCGACAUGGGUAUCUUGCUAUCGGAGAAACAUAGGGCGUACUACAACCAAGAAGAACACCAGCCUCCGAUGUGGAUCUUCAAUGCGCCUUCAUUUGCCUCCGCUUAUGCUGCAGCCCAGACAGAUAUCGACCCUGAGCAGAAGGCCUCCGUCAUGCCUGCCUAUCGUCGCUUUACUUUCCUCAGUGUCUUCGCAAUUCCUGCCCUUGUCGAUAUUGUGCUUCUCUCCACUACCGGGCACGGCCUUUACCUCAGUGUGAGGAUGACUGAAGACGACAGGUACUAUGCUACGCUGGCAUUGAUGUGCUCAUUGCUGCUCUCUGGCGCUAUAGGAACUUGGAUCUCUAUUGGUGGCACAUACUACCUCAUUUCCAUGGCAUUCUCCGCAGCCAACAUGUUUGUCCUCACACGAUUGGUUGGUGGCCUGGCUUUUACUCUUGCUGGAUGUCUUCUUGGAUUUAUCGUCAUUUCGGCUGUAUCAGGACCCGGUCACGGCGCCGUCUUCUUCUUCUACCUCUUUGGACUGACUACAUACCUGACCGUCCUGGCUGUGCUUUCCACGUAUCAGAUUCCUGGAUCCAGCUUCCUCAACGGCCGAAAAAUCAUCAUUAUGGUCAUUCCAACCUUGGUGAUCUCCCCUAUUCUGACCAUCUUCAUUGGGAUGAAGGGCCAUGACAUUUAUCUCUAUCUGGGUGUUUUGUAUAUCUUCGUUACCCUUUUGAUUCUUGGCACCAGACGCGUGGCAACCCAAUGGGUAACCUGGUAUCACAACAUCAAGACACUCAACGAUUCGGAUAUCAAGAACUGGUAUAUGAAAUUGCACUCUGAAAGGGAGCAGGAAGCGACCGCCCUCAAAAACAGAGGUCAAAGCAAGGGUCCAGCUAUAUCAACUGUCGCGGGCGGAUCCCUCGUUGCCUCCUCGGAGGGGUCUUUUAGUGAGCCAGAUAUCUUCCAGGGCAUGAGCGAACCAGCCAUUCUGGCAUUGUGCCGCAACGCUCUUCAUGAAGCCGUCCUAAAAGAACAUGGACGUCAUUUCUGGCAGAAGUCCACAAAAGAUAGCUUCGUGAAACAACUCGCUGGCUGCUGGGAUUCGACUUUGUUUUUGCUGGAUUGGUACGCUCGCAUAACAGACACCAAGCGACCAAUUCCGUACAGUUCGACUUGGAACCUCGAAACCCAAGUCGCGUUGGAGAGUAUGCAACAAUCGCAGAAAGGAAUUCGUCUCCACAAUUCGUUCAUUCACUGGCGAACAGCAGGUGAUGAAAUCUACUGCGGUAUCCUUUACUUCCUGGUCGCACUCAUGGACCGUUGGUUGGACAUAUUGAACGGGGGCCAGAUAGUGGAUAUGCCAGGAGCAGAUAGUCCUGUUCAAUUGUCGGCUGGUCUUGGACUUGCAUACGACUUUGCAGGUGAGAUGGACACGGCGCUCCGCCUAUCAGUCGGUUUUGGACUCGCGUACUACCUGAUUGGAGCUGUCCUACUCGACUACAAGGCUCAGCAUCUACACACCCUGUCGGAGCAGAUGGCACCCAUCUCAAUUGAAAACACGCAACAGAUCAAACAAGCCAAGGCUAACGAUCUGAAAUUCAGGCGUCAUCUCUACUUCAAUACCUUGUGUCGCUUCAUCGGCGUCCAUGUGUGGGCGCUUGCUUUCUGCACUGCCCUCAUCUGGAUCUUCAAUAGCUCGUCCAUUGGGCUGACCCUGUUCCUGUCCUACGUUGGUGCUUACACUGGACUCUUGCUGUAUCAGUACAACAAGAUCUUCUCUGGCCCGCACGCACUCAUGCCAUUGCUAGCAGCUGUUGUGGUUGGUUUGAUAGUAGGCAACGUACUCUUGGCGGUCUUCCCUGGUUUCCUCUAUGACAGGAUUAUCGCUCUUGCCGCGUCAACUUGGACAGCAGCCCUUCUUUCAUUCCGAACUGCCAAACUAGGCAUGCCAGAAGCUCUAGACUUCAGCAAAUGGGUCUCGGAGUCAUUUUCAUCAGCCAAGCGUUCCAAAAAGGCAGCAAACACUGUGAAUGCACAACCUGAUGAUGGAACAGAGUCACCAAUGAGCGACAAGUUCCACGCCUACAACAGCGGCAACAGCGAUUCCGAAUACAGUCAAAGCGAGCUCCGCGCAUACUGCAACAUGAUUCGAGCUGCUGCAAAAGAGAACAGAUACCGUGUCAAUCCAGUUGGUCAACCCGGUGAUCAAAUCGUUGCGUUGCUGCUAUCAUGCACUCACGAUAGUCUUUCAAGGCAAGCUUUACAAGCUUUCCCGGCCAUGCCAUCAACAAUUCAGCGAAUCGUGUCGGCUUGGAGAAAUGGGCAAAUCGAUGUCUUCAUUGUCCCUCUCCAGGCGGUCGUCAACUUCAAUAACGAUCUUCGUGCCAUUUCGCACUUUGCCGACGGUCAUUUGACGCUGUAUAUAACGUCGGAUGCGAAGGGCCCAGGCUUUGGCCAAACGAACGUGAGCAGCAACUGCACUGCUAUUGCCGAAACUUUACUUCAUGCGUGCAUGGAAACAUUCCUCGAGACCCCGCACUCACAAGCUGAGAUUGCGGAAUCCAUUCUUGCAUGCAGGGAGAACGACGGUGAGCAGUAUGCUAUCUCAGAGUGCAACAGACGCUCGAUGCCGGCAUUGGUUGCUGGGCAAGACGCUUUGUCGUAUGGAAAGGCCUGCCGCAGAGAACUUUUGCGAAAUUUGUGCCUUGGAUUCGACUGUGAAACGCAGUGGGAUAGCUUGCCAUUGGACAUACGACGACUGUUUUUCCGACGUUGUCUCGGCAUCCGAGCACCUUACACGAACAAGGAACUAUCCUGGAUCCACGAAAACAUCCGCACCGAAGAGUCCUGUGCAAUUCUCUCAGUCAUCGCACGCUAUGAUCUAGGAGCCUACUUGGCAGUUGUCAAGUACAGCUACUUUAGGAAUCGAGGCGAUCAAUCACUCUCCAACAAAGAAUAUCGUCAAGUCACUGCGGAUAUCCAAACGGCGUAUCAUCCGGUCCUCAAUCGCUCCGCCGUUUCGAUGUUUAGCUUGUUCACUGAAUACAUCCGCCUUCCGGUUGCUUAUGUGUAUCACUGUGCUGGAACCUGGGUAAAGUUCUUUGUUCUGGCGUGUAUGGCCGAUCCCGAGUAUCAGCGUGAGCUGAACGGGGCACUACUGCACAAACCGUGGAUCGUUGCCAAGCCAACUACAUUUCUUCUCACGGGACUGUGGAUAUACAGCCGACGUGCAAUGUCCAUAGCUCUGCCGUUCUUCCUCUACCAUCGUCGUAAAGAUAUUGCAGGCCUAGCAGGAACCGUCAAGGGAAGUUUGAUCAUCCAGAGAAAGAACCGCUUGGUCAUUCAAAGUGCCGGAGAGACUGAGACGGCUUUCGUCCACCCUGACAAAGACGGCGGCUUCAAGUUGAUCUUCUAUUCAGGCGCUCUCAAAACCGAGCCGACUUGGGGUCAGAUUCGUGUUUCUCACUACGAUAAAGAGAUGCGCAUCAAGCUACGACAAGAGUGGAAGAAUGGCUCAGUCACCAAUGAGUUUACUUACGAAUAUGAAACGAACCAAACGCAAAGCAAGAUCAAGAUUUCCAAAGUACGGUCAACCAAGAUCCCCCUCAGCCGGAUUUGCGGCAAAGGCGAAAACGACGGAGCAAAGGUCUUGUACAACCACAAAGGCCAUAUUGAAUCUGGAAGUUACAUCAGCCACAACAACCUUGUACGCUUCAAAUACCACUACCGAAAGAACGCCAAGUACGACGAUGAACUCCUUCGUGCCGAGUUCGUGCUUCCACAUAUGUCGGCCAAUGUCAGCUGGUGCGCGCCUCCUGUUCGCCAUGCCGAGAAGACGGAGCGUUGGAUACCUACCCCACGUGUGCAUGAAGCGACCUUCGUCCAAGGUGCCGACGUUUACGAAUGCACAUGGUUUUAUGAUCACAAGUUCCACCCAACGAUUACAACCAAGCUCAACGGCAUAAUGGUUGAUACACCAGACAUGAUCCGUCACGAUUGGCUUGGUGUUCUCAAGAAGCCCACCCGCUGCACUUUCGCUGAUGAAAACCCUCUACUGGCAUUCAAAACUCCGACCUCGAACUUCUUGGGCCGGUUGUUCCGAAGGAACAUCAAGCAGCAAGAGAUCUCUACUUCGAGAGCUCGAUCUCAUCUCUGGAAGGCUUGGAAGAAGCGUAAUGACCUUGAUGGAGUCGUCAUUCGCUGGGUCGACGAGGAACUGAUCCGGAAGGAGGCUCUGCUAAGACCUUACUGGAGACGCCGUGAUCGUGGAAGUCUGGUCAAAGCAGAAGACUACCUUGCCCUACACGCCGAUGCCAUCAUGGCCAGCUCAGAUCUCACUAGCGAUAUCAGCGCGUGGACCCCUCUAGCCAUCCGCAUGAGCGACCUGUUCAGUUUCGGUCAAGGUGGAGAUGCUGUCGUUUUCACCAGGACUAAGGCACUGCAACGCGAUACCGAUAACUCACUACACGUCAUUGCUGUCGACACUGGAACCUGGCCAAACGAAGGUGGUGGUGUCUCAGCAUGUCGCCGAGAUCUCAUCAACAACCUUCGCACUAUCAAAUGGCACAUGGUCGUGGAAUCAGCUAACGACUUUGGACUGCCAAAGCAUCAGACUGAGGAGAACGUCGAAUCCCUGAAGAUCAUUCCCCUAUGGGGCCUGGACUUUAUGCAUCCCAACCACGGCAUGUUCACCAACAAGCUGGACAGCGAGGUUGACCAUCUCGUCAAGGCAGCAACUUUGACUGACAUUGAGACAAACUUCAUUCCUACGCUGACCGCUCUUGUCCGCGGAGCGCGAGCUACUACCAUGACUUCUGCAGAUGUCAAGCAGGCAACACGUGCUUUGGUUAACCUCAACACAUACUUCCAAGAUUCGCGCCACUGGAAAGAGGUUUGGACUAGCGACAUCGUCAAAGACUCUUGGAGGAAGCUGUGGCUGACAGACGACAUGCCGAAUGCCCAACCGGCAAAGGAUUGGUUCCAUCUCUUCAUCUUCUCCAUUCCGAUCCCCGACAAGAUCCCGCAUGUUUUCCAAGCCUCUCACCACAGUGUCUCUGCGUCUUAUGGUAUCGUUUGCAAGCUCAAGCGCAACUGUACUCUCCAGAUCUGGGACCAUGCCAUCUCCUGGCGUGAGACUAACCUCUAUUUGUCAUCGGCCAUGUGCACUCUACCACCCUUUAUCCGAAACUCGCUGCUAGGCCUGAUGAAGCUGACCUCGUGUCUCAUUCUUCAUCACGCCGAUCAGAUCCUUCCAUGUGCAGACUUCUUCAACCCAGGAUGGGAGAUUGAAAUUGGAAGCGCAAAAGGACAGCUCACACAUCGCAACGUCUUCAAGCGCAAGGUCGAUCCUAUUGUCAACGGUAUCACUGAUAUGACAAAGUUCGCUCCAGUCACGGAGAUCAAGGCAAAGACACCAACUGUGACCAUGUUGUCCCACGUCUGGUUUGCCAAGGACAUCAAGACGGCUCUGCUGGCCGCCGACAUUAUUACAAACGAGUGGGGUUUCAAAGACUAUAAGCUUGACAUUUACGGUGCUCUCAACAAAUCUCCUGUCUACUCUUCCGAGUGUCAAGAGAUUCUCGCCUGUAAGGGUCUGGGCCAGAACGUCACCAUGCGCGGUACAGCGGAUCCAGCAAUGGUUCUUGCAAACACCUGGCUGUUCCUCAACUCAUCGGUUUCCGAAGGUCUGCCUCUCGCACUUGGAGAAGCUGCGUUGACUGGAGCCCCUGUUGUCUGCACUGAUGUGGGUGCGUCUUUGCGCGUGCUCACCGAUCCCGAUGAUGGAAAACGUUACAGCGAAGUUGUUGCUCCAAACGAUGCAUACGGCCUGGCUCGCGCCCAGAUCAAUCUCCUCGCCAUGCUAGACGAAUGGGCACAGUAUGCCGAAGACGGCCCUGGUGUCGCUGCUCCAGUCCUCCCCCACAAGCCCACACCCAAAGACGUCGAAAUCAUCACCCGCCGCAUGUACGAGAAAUCCGACCACCGCCGCAAACUCGGCAUGAUGGCCCGUAACAUUGUCCAAAAGUCGUUUGGCGGCGAGCGCUACCUCCGCGAGCACGAGCAAAUGCUCUGGAUUGGCAAGUCCUUCUACGAAAUGCUCGACUUUGAAAAGCAAACCCCUCCGCCCCGAAACCCAGCGCGCAUGUUGUCGCUUGGCCGCACCCGCACCGUGCCGCAGCGCGACACCAUGGACACAACCUCGAGCAGCAUCUUCGAUCCGCAAAUGGAAAAGAUGAUGCAUCCCCGUCGUCCUUUUGCUCAACAUCGCGCUUCGGCUGCUACGUCCUUUUCGUCCGUCUACAUUGACGACGAAGAUGACUCGGGCCCUUCAUCCCGCUACUCGCCCGACCUUCCCUGGGAAUCUGAAGCCUGGGACACGCAGCCCGGCUCGGCUGGCGCAAGCACAAAGUACGCUACCUCUGAGAGCGACGAGUGGGCUCUCCCUGUUAUCCCGCGCCCGACUCGAACGUACUCUGGCACGCACAUUGCGCCGAUGCGUACACCGUCGUCGUCGGUGGCUCCCGCCAAGGGCAAGCGCCCCAUGCAGUUCCAGUACGCGGGCUCCAUGGCUAGAGAGGACACUGGUAAUGGCAUGUUGGAUCCCCGCCGCGAUGUCCUGGCACGACAGAGCUGGGCGCCUAAUAGUGGACGGAGUAGUUUGAGGAGGAGUCAUUUGAAUGAGAUGGAACUCGCCUAAAGUUAAUCUUCCUACUUAUGACCAUGGGAAAGUUCUCUUCUUUUUUUUUUCUCUCUCUUAACACUCAUGACCUUGAGAUAUUUUACCGACGUAUAUUCGACUCGGAUGGAUUAGUUUAUGUCUGAUUGUUUGUCCUGUUUAAUGUCUUUUUUUUUGUUUUUUUUUAGGAGAGAAAAGCAUAGCAUUGCCUGUUUUUUGUUUUUUUUUAUUAAAGCGAUUGCAUCUUUUUGUUUAAACUGCGUUUAGCGUAGCGCUUUUUGCUUUGAUGAAGAGAUAUAUUCCCACAAGAAAGAGAGACAGAGAGAAUGAAUGGAGAUUUAGUACGACAGUAGUCAUAUACAUAGUAGAAUGUUGAAAGAUUCGUAUUCUUUGGUGAAA